GAUAACACAUUUUUGGUGCUAUAAAAUGGUGACUAAACACCAGCCUUAAUUUUAUUUUUUACAUAGUAGUAUGAAAGCACCUAUUUGUUAUGUUUCGUCGUAUGUACAUAAUACAUGUAAAAUUUUAUAUUUAACAUUCGAUUCGAAUAUGAAAAUAAAAUAAUAAAAAGUAUGGCUAGACAAAGAGAUGAAGAAAAUGUAAUCGAGAAUGUCCAUGAUUCUGAAAGUGAUACAGUUUUUUAUCCUUAUUAUUUAUUUAAACACAGAACAAAUACCCGUAGAAGAAAGUCUAGCUUGCAGAGCUGGCAGCAACGACAUAAAGUUAAGAUAAUUCGAAGACUUGUAAGAAAAAGUGGAAAAUCUUCCAUUCACACUAAAACCACUACUGAAAGAUCCUACAAAUUUAUUUUGGAUUUAUUCAACACAUUGAUAGAAGGAUCAUGGUUUACUAUAUUGUUAAUAGUAUCACUGAUUUUUGUCAUAUCUUGGUUUACCUUUGCUGGAUUUUGGGCAGUAAUAUCAGUAGAAAAUGUGGACAAUUGGAAUGGAACAAGCGACACAUGUCUAGAAGGUAUCAACAGUUUUGCUGGUUAUUUACUCUUCAGUGUGGAAACUCAAACCACCAUAGGAUAUGGUAGCCGAUAUAUAAAGGAAUAUUGCGUUGAAGCUAUAGUUGGAUUAUGCAUUCAACUGCUUUUUGGUGUUGGAGUGUGUGGCAGUUUGAUUUGCAUAGUUUUUGUUAAAAUGGGAGGACCGUUACACAGCAGAAACACUAUCACUUGUUUCAGCAGAAAAGCUGUGAUUUGUCAAAGAGAUGGCUGUUUGUGUUUGAUAUUUCGAGUUAGAGACUGCGAUAGGCGCUACGAGUGCCACACGAAAAUAGCAGCUUUUGUGGCAGUACGUGGACCUACAGCACCAAAAUUGCAAGAGUUGAAAUUAGAACCACCAGGAAUACUCUUGUGGCCUCUCGACGUUCGGCACAAAAUUGAUUCAAAAAGUCCAUUUUGGGAUUUGUCAGCUAAAGAUCUAAUUUUUAAGAGAUUCGAAAUAAUAGUAAUGCUGGAAGGCGAAUCAUUGGCUACAUCAUUCGUAUCAAGAACAGUAACGUCAUACUUAAGCAGAGAAAUCAAAUGGGGCUACAAAUUUAACCAGUGCACUUCAUGGGACAAAGUAGCAAGAAAAUACGUCGUUAAUCACAGACUCUUUAACAAAACUGAAGAAGUUCAAAUGCCACUUUGCAGCGCACAACGUUUGAGUGAAGUUUACGAAGACUUGCUAUCUUCUAUCAGCCCUUACAAUGGGAGUUUUUCUGGUGGCUCAAAGCUCUCGACCCCUUCAAUAAGAAGCCCUUUGAUAACAAGUUUUAAAUCAUUUACUCAUGAUAGAGUAAAACAAGUGAAAGAUGAUGAAGAUUCCAGUGUAUCUGAUGAAGAUGAAGUUCAAUGUAUAGCUCAAGUACAUCGUGAGAAAAGUGAGAGUGAAUCCCGAGAGUCAUCUGAUAAUGAAGAUUACACUACCUUUAUGGACUUAAGUUUGAAUGACGUACGAACUGAAGAAAAGGAAAUGAAGAAAUUGGCAAGGCUAGAGGUGGAAUUAAGGAAGAAAGACACAGAUGAGAGACCAAGGACUUUAAGUGGCACAGCAAAAGAGUUUUUUGUUAAUUUGCAGAAAUAUGUUACAGAAGCAGGAAGAAGUAAGAAUAGAACAAGUAGGAAAUACGAAGAAACUGAUUUCUAAACUUUUCAAGAUUUUUAAUUAUAUUCUGUGAUUUUCGGUGACGUGAAACUGUAUAUAAUAUUUGUAAUUAUCGUGAAUUAAAAAAAAUCAAGAAAUGUAAGAUAGUUGUAGAAAAGAAAUGCAGUUCAUAAUAUUUAAAAUUAUAUAAGUUGAGUAUAUUUUAUGAUUUUCAAGGUAUAUUUCUAUUUAUUUAUUUUUAAUUUAACAAAAAUGGUAUGUAUAAUCGUAAAGUUUUAAAAGCUGUUCAAAUUUAUUAGCAGUAAAAGACUUAAAUAUA